UCAUGAGCACAUUACCUUGUCAUCAAGAAAUAACUACUUAUGUUUAUGCAGACGAUAUUGCGUUUUUUGCAUCUGCAAACGACAUCCACACGCUAUACCAGCGACUGCAAACUUACCUUUAUGAUCUGGAGAGGUGGUUAGAUACUAGUCACUUCACCCUCAAUGCCAGCAAAUGUGCUGUUCUCGUAUUUCCGAUACGUGACAUAGUGCACAUUUCAUUGUCUUACCACCUUCAAGACAUACCACAGGUGGAAUCUGUUAAAUACCUCGGAAUUAUUUAUAAUGCCUCUCUCAACUGGCGCUCACACAUAGAUCAUUUGACUGGGAAAGGUACUCGUGCAAUUGGCAUAUUGCGUAGGCUGAGCAGUCGUCGAAUAGGAUUGAGAAGAGAUACACUCCUAAUGAUAUAUCGUAUGUACGUUCGCCCUGUAUUAGAAUUUGGUUGCGUGCUCUUCUCUGGAGCUCCAGCCUACAUGUCCCGUCCUCUAAUCCUCUUAGAAAGAGAAGCAUUACGUCUGUGUUUAGGUCUUCCUAAAUUUGUUGCAAAUUCUAUUCUUUAUCUAGAAUCGCGUGUUCCACCACUUCCGUGCAGGUUCCGGCUUUUGACGGUGCAGACGUUCUUAAGGAUUUACGAAUCACCACUGCGUCAUCCCCAAAUAAUCUUUAUUUCACAACCUGCGUUGUUUUUCGGUAUCAUCUGGCCGCGACUACAUAAUCCGCAAAUUAUAUUUGUGCAAAAAUUACUUGACUCUUUGGGCGUGCGCAUAUGCGAUGUUCUUCCUAUUACCGACAGAGCUGUUGCCACGGAUAUUCAAUUUGAUGACAUCUUUCCUAAUAAUGCAAAAUUACUUCCGCACCAUAUUCUAGACGGUAUAUUGCAAGAUCAUCUGAAAAACCUUCAAACAAACGUUGUAAUUGCUACAGAUGCUUCACAAUGUGACGAAAAGUCAGGUGUAGGAAUUUUUUCCCCGAUUCUCGAUUGGACAUUUUCUCUUCGGCUGCCAGAUUUCAUACCGAUUUUUUUAGCCGAAUUCAUGGCCGUGGUGCUGGCAUUACGCAAAUUAGGACCAUCAAUUACGUCAGCCGUGAUAGUCACUGAUUCUUUAUCACUGUGCUCAUCCCUUACUGCUUCUAGUGAUUCUCGCGUGAUGAGGACAUUUCAAUCAUUGGUACCUGCUUACUUGAGAAGCGUGCGUUUGAUUUGGGUGCCUGGCCAUAAAGGACUAAUCAUUAAUGAAAUUGCAGACUAUCUAGCCAAGGCAUCGAUAAGUGGCCCGAUUCUUCCUUGCUGCCCUUUGACUGCUUAUGUUACUGCAGCUAGAUUUCGCAGGAGUAUCAUUAUACAGUCAGUAUCAGGCUCCGCAAUUACUCACUCUGCGGAUUACGGACAUCUCCUGCACCCUUGGAACAGAGAUUUUUGCCGAACACGGAAAAUUGAAGUGUCUAUCACGAAGCUGCGCUGCCGUGUACCUGCAUUGAACUUCUACCUCCACAGGUCUGGUCUGGUCCCCUCACCAUUAUGCUCAUUCUGUGGCGAAGCGGAGACAAUCGACCAUUUCUUGUUGUCUUGCAGACGGUUUUCUAUUAUAAGAAAACAACUACUCGAAAUCCCGCUUCGCUCUAUUGGUUUAACUUUAUCAGUGCCUGUGAUCCUGUCUUUUGGAGCCUCCAUUGUUGGGUUCAGCAACAGAAAUGUUUGCUUGGCGAUCCAAAAUUACCUCAUUGAAACCAAUCGAUUUCCAUGUUAGAUUGAUCGUUCUCCCUCCCAACCAUAGCUUUUUUUAUUAUUUCUUAUCUUUUAUUGAUUAUUAUUGUUUUUAUUAUUAUUAUCUUAUACCCGGUUUUCAUCUGAUUAUUUCCUUUUUUCUCCAAACACAAAACGUUUACUUUUAAACUCACACGCCCAAAUGGUUAACUCCCUUGUUAUCAUUAUUAUUUUAGGCACCUAAUUAAACCGCCCGAUUCUUGGCCAAUCCCCCACUGUGGGUAUGUGCCACGGCCACUAAGGACAACAACAACAACAACAACGACUCCGCGAGAAUGCAGCUCGCGUCUCGUAGCGUUCCCCUGCUAACGUUCCAUCGCGCACCCAAGCCAAAAUGCGGGCUUCUUCAGACAGCACCCUGUCGGACCAAGGUACUUCGUGUUCGACGCGUGCUGCAGCGCAGGUUAGUGGCCGGCGCCCAAGGGGACCCGCGCCCUUUGACGAGCCCGCCUCGCGGGGCUCGCGUAGCCCUUCGCCUCCGACAGCGCCGCCGAACAGACGCCGCUUUGUCGGUGCGCACACCGCGACGAAAGGUCGCCGAAGCAGAUUGUCCCCGCAAGAAGUCGCGUCGCAGGAGGAAGAACCGACGCACAGCAGGCGGCUCCCUCUGGACCAGCCGGAGCCUCGGAGCAGACGUACCUUCGCGGCCACCGUCGGUUUCCACGGCCAGAGAUCGCUGCUGCGCCGGAGCGCCUGGCUCCAGAGCGUCAGGUGGCUGGACGUGCCGUCAGCCGACAUCAGGGGACGAUUCCAGAACAGACGCACCUCCCCGCGCCGUUCGGGACGGCACCGCCAGCGCGUGAGGCGUCGCUCGCCAUCGCGCCGGGAACGCCGGCAGGACUGCGGGCACGUCCGGAACCGCGAACUCCGCCGCUUGGCGCCUAGACUCGCAUCGCAGUCCAGCCGCAGACGCGUGUCCUCCCCGAGCAUCCUGUCGAGGGUACCGACGGUGAUUCGCGUCGAGGAGCGCUCCGUGCCCAAGGCGACGCUGUACUCGGCCGUGUUCCCGUGCCUGGUCGGGAUCGCAUUCGUCGAGCUGGCGCUGGCGCGCAAGAUGCGAGCGCUCGCUGCUCGCAAGGAGCCCACUAUGAGGAGCCCGUCUGCUCGACGGGAGGCUGCCCCGAGCACGCGCGCCGCCUGUUGAGCACGCUGAACCCAUCUGUCGACCCGUGCACCGAUUUCCACACGUAGUACGUGCGCGGCGGGGACGAGCGUGCUUCCAGCCCGGGCGAUGCGCUGGACCGCUUCUACGGACCCAAGGUCACGGUUCUGGCGACGAGUCUCUGCAGCCUGGUUUCGGCGCCGCGGUACAUACGCUGCACAUAAAGGGCUCACGGAACCACGCUCCAUACUUUUCUCUCAACGUGUUUUUCUUUGAAUAAAAUAGCCGGUUUGACAAAUACCAGUGAA